GAAAUAUAGACGACCGCCGUCGCCUUCGAAUGGGAGCCUCCACGGCGACACCCUGGGCCCACGGCCACGCCCCUUUCACCGCCCCUUCUGUCAAUUUUCCGUGCUGCGAUUGGAGGAGGAGAGGGAGAGCUCUGUGUCUCCGCACAGACCGAGAGCCGCAAAUCCACUUCGGAGCAUCUGUGAGCGGAGGACGGGAAGAUGCAGACAGCGGUCUGUGGCGGAUCUACCGGGUGUUUAAAAUCAAGACGACACCAGCAUGAUUUCUGAACCGAAUGUUUUUAUUAGUAUUCCGGUUGUGUGGGAUGUCUUUUUUCACCGAGUGAAUCUGGACGUUUAACGGGACCGCAAUGGAGCGUCGAUCCAACGCGUGAGAGCUGCGGACCGUCUGUCUGUUCUCAGGCUCGUAUUACAGACAAUAAGCAGGGGAUAUUAGCCAUUAGAAACAGUGGCACCUCAUCAUUUGCACUGGUAAUUAGAGGAGUCUGUGUUAGUAGGCACUGGAGCCGUUUUCCUUUAUGACAUGACCAAGAAGCCAUACUGAAUUUGUUAUUAAUGAUUUUGAAAUCAGUGGUUACACAAGUCACAGGCAGAAAGGAGGACAUUCAUCUCUGAUUAAGGGCUUCAUCAGGGUUUCCAGCAUAUUUUGAUGAAAGUGACAUAAAUUAAAUUUGUUAAAACGAAUCAGAGGGACGUCAUGUCAAAAAAUAAGAGCAGUGAGUCAGUGAAGGUGGUAGUUCGAUGCCGCCCUCUGAACCGGAAAGAGGAGUCCAAUGGGCCUGCAGGAGGCGUUGUGCAGAUGGACCUGCGGCUCGGACAGGUGAUCCUCAGAAACCCUCGCGCGCCGGCCAGCGAGCCCCAGAAAACAUUCACAUUUGAUGCAGUUUAUGAUGCAAACUCCAAACAGCGAGACCUGUACGACGAGAGCGUGCGGCCUCUGAUAGACUCAGUGCUGGCGGGGUUCAAUGGGACCAUAUUUGCAUAUGGACAAACCGGAACCGGAAAGACGUACACCAUGCAGGGUGUGUGGUUGGACCCAGAGAAACGGGGUGUGAUUCCAAACGCUUUCGACCACAUCUUCACACACAUCUCCCGCUCGCAGUCUGAUAAGCAGUACCUGGUGCGGGCGUCCUACCUCGAGAUCUAUCGGGAGGAGGUUCGGGAUCUCCUCGAUCCUAACCAUGCCAACGCCAGAGCCCUGGAGCUUAGAGAGAGUCCGGAGACCGGGGUGUACGUCCAAGAUCUUACAUCGUGUGUUUGCAAGAGCAUCAAGGAGAUUGAGGAGGUGAUGAAUGUGGGCAACCAGGCGAGGGCAGUUGGGGCGACAGACAUGAACGAGCACUCAUCCAGGUCCCAUGCUUUGUUCUUGAUCACGGUGGAGUGCAGCCAGCCUGGACCAGAUGGGAGGAAGCACAUUCGCGUUGGUCGCCUCAACCUGGUGGAUCUGGCCGGCAGUGAGCGCCAAGCCAAGACUGGCGUCCAGGGACAGCGCCUCAAAGAAGCCGCCAAGAUCAACCUUUCCCUUUCCGCACUGGGGAAUGUGAUCUCAGCACUAGCAGAUGGGCGCAGCGGGCAUGUGCCAUACCGGGACUCCAAGCUGACUCGGCUGUUGCAGGACUCUUUGGGCGGGAAUGCAAAGACGGUCAUGGUCGCUACCUUAGGCCCGGCGCCUCAGCACUACGACGAAACCCUCACCACCCUCCGCUACGCCAACAGAGCCAAGAACAUCCAGAACCAGCCAAGAGUAAACGAGGACCCUAAGGACGCUCUACUGCGUGAGUUCCAGAGAGAGAUCGCUCGCCUCAGGGCCCAGCUCAACCACAGGAAGUGGAGGAGCAGACAGAAGAAGGAGCAGGUGGAAGGCGAGGGCUGGGAGAGAGACGAGGAUGAAGAGACAGAGGGCGAGGAGGAGGAGGUGGAGGUGGAGAAGGAGGCAGAGGAGUACGUGAAGCUGGAGGAGCAGCGGCUGGAGAGGGAGAAGGAGGCCAUCAGAGAAGACCAAUUCCUGCUGGCUGAGGAGAAGCAGAGGCUGCUGGGUGAGAAGGAGAGGAUGAUGGGGGAUCUGAGGAAGGAGCAGGAAGCCACCGAGCAGCUGACCGCCAAGUACAAGGCGAUGGAGAGCAAGCUGCUGGUCGGUGGAAAGAACAUCAUAGAUCACACCAAUGAACAGCAGAAGAUGCUGGAGAUGAAACGGCAUGAGAUCGCUGAGCAGACGCGUAGGGAGAGGGAGAUGCAGCAGCAGAUGUUGGUUCGGGACGAGGAGACGCUGGAGCUGAGAGAGACUUUCACUUCUCUGCAGCAGGAGGUGGAGGCCAAGACCAAGAAACUCAAGAAGUACCUCAAGCUGUAUACCAAGCUCCAGUGCAUCAAAACGGAGAUCCAGGACGUGAACGACGAGCACGUGAGGGCCCGACAGGAGCUGGAACAAACUCAGAACGAGCUCACCAGAGAGCUCAAGUUCAAGUAUCUGAUCAUAGAGAACUUCAUCCCUCCAGAGGAGAAGAAUAAGAUCAUGAACAGACUGACCUUUGACCCUGAGGAGGAUCAGUGGAAGUCUCAGCCUCUUGUUCCUACUGAAAGUAAAUCCUCACAGAUGAAGAAAAGGCCGGCAUCUGCAGUCGGAUACAAACGACCCAUCAGCCAGUACGCCAGGGUUGCUAUAGCGAUGGGAGCCCAUUCCAGAUACAGGGCUGAGAACAUCAUGUUUCUGGAGCUGGACAUGGCUCCUCCAAACACCGCCUCACGGGAUCGUCCGACGGAGGCAGAGCCGAACCCAAGUCCCUCUGUGGACAACUCGCCCACCAAGGACAGGGGCGUCCGCAAGUCUCGGUCCUGGUGUCAGACCCCAAAGUCCAUCACUUCCUCUUCCUCUAAUGUUUCUCUGGCGGCGUGUCACACCAUCACACCCACGGCGGCACAGUAAAGCUUUAGUGAAGAGGGUUCUUCUUUUUUUAAUUAUUAAUUUUAUUUAUUUUAUUUCUCCGCUUCUUCCUCCUCUUUUCCUCUUCCUCUUUUGGCCAGUGAUCCUCUGAAAGACUUCUCAGCGAGGCCUACAGCUGGGACACAAAGGCACACCACCAUCUCUGCUGAAUCCUGAGAGGUCACAGACUACUCUAAUGGAUAUUUAAUAAGGAAAUUAUCUCAUGACAGGAAACUAAAUGACCUUAUGAACCUCAGAAACUCUGGAAAAGACCAACUCCUCCUGAUCUACAGAUGUAAAGACCAACCAGAUCCCCUUCUUUCCUGCAUGUUUGAGACCAAGAGCCUUGGAUUGUCCUCUUUAACAACUGUCUGCAGGGCUGUACUGCCCAGACGGCUGUGUGUGUGUGUGUGUGUGUGUGUGUGUGUGUGUGUGUGUUUGUGUGUGUAUGGGUGUUUGUACUGUACAUACAGGGCUGUAUGAUCGCCUGUUUAAUGUUUCUAAUUGUGACCAAUACAGAUCCAAAAAGCUCACAAACCGCUCGAGUCCCCUGUAAGAUAUCGGUGUAAAUAUUUCAUGUAUUUGGGUUUCCUGGGGCAGGUUUGGUCUGUUUUGUGUGUAAAAGGUGGGAGUCCACAGUCCAUUCAAUCAGAGAGUUUACGUCUGUGUUGCCUUUUGGAGUUGAGCACAGUAGAAAAAACUGAUGUAACAUAUGAUGUGUGCUGUUGUUGGUCAGAUGAGGCACGUUGAAGCCUGAAUGAUGACCUUUACCAUGCCUGUUGUCUCGCAUUGUUCCUCUGUCCCUCCACAGUGUCUGAUAUAUACGAAAUGCCUUACAAUAAUCUCAAGAGAAUUAAAAUACUGAGGCACGUCACACUUCCAAAAUCAAUUUGCUGGAUUUUUUUUUUCUUUUUGUACCAGAGCAAUGGAAAACACAGGGGCAGCUUAAAAUCCUGAACCGAAGACACUUUCAAUACAGAUCCAGUCAAAAAGUAAGUGAACCCUUGGAUCUUGAAUUUCAUAACUGGUUUAACCUCCUUUGGAAGCAAUAACAUCAAACAAGAGCUUGCUUCUAGUCAGUAAAACCCAGUCUGUUCACUGAGGGUUGACUGGGUGAAGUGGAAGCUCACCACACCGGCCUGUUGUUUGGGAAGCGGUGUGUAGUCAGGUGCGUGCAGUUUAGUGUCACAGGGUUCUUCACCUCCACGGGGUUAAGAGGAGCAGACAGUGGGGGGUCAGGCUGACUAAUUACCACUGUAUUAUUGAUGCCACAGAUCCUGUUUCAGCUGAACCCCCUGCAAAGGUGUGAGACAGCCCAGAACAGCCCUUUACUAUAGUGUGAAGGUACAACACAUAUUCCCAAUAUACUGCAGAUUGCAGACUUUGUUUUCCACUACAACUGAGACAUGACGCUGUCGUCCUGUGUGUACAAAAUGUUUCAUUACAACUGAAUCAGCAUUUUUAAUGAACAGAUUACUCAUCUGAUCUAAAGCAGUCAUAAAAUGUCCCAGAGACCAAGACAAUGUCUAAAGAAUUGUUUUGUUUGACCAACAGUCCAGAACCCAAAGAUGUUCAGUUUUACAGUGACACAAAACAGAGAAAAGGAGCAAAUCCUUACAUUUGAGAAGCUGAAACCAAAUAAUGUUUGAUAUUUAGUCUUAAAGAUGGAUUCAGCAAAGGCUCCGUCUUCACUCACUCUGACAAAAUAUCUUACAGCACCAAAAUUAUCCGUCGAUAACAUGAACUAAAUGAGUGGGAAGGGGUUAAAAAUAACACAAACAAACACUUGCUGUGGUGCAAAUUAGCAUCAGAUGCUGUUUUGAGUGAAUUUAAAUCUGUGUUAACCUACUUCCUUCUCUGUCUCAGCCAUUUACAUGCGCACACUGAGGAUUUUAUGUGUUUAGUCAUCAGUAUCUUGGUACAUAAUUGACCCAGUUUGUUACAAAAAAAAAAAAAAAUUAAGACUUGAUGUUCAUGUUUGUGCUGUAUAAUAGAGAUUAAAAAAACAUGCAACUAAACCUUUAAUUUGAUGAAGGAUUUACUGCAGGUGGAAGUGUUUUAUUGUAUGUUGAUAUGCAGUGUGUAUGGAAGAAGACAUUGUGUAUUUAUUUGGAAAUAUUUCAAACGUGAGAGGGGCCUACCAGACCACAUGUCAGGGUGCUAUUGGUAAGAUUAAGACAUUAAAUAGUGAUAUACAAGCAAAAUAUAGAAGACGACGUGUCUACAAUACAGAAAAUAGCUCCUUUAAAUGUUUAAGUACAUUGUUUAUUCUCAUUGUGUCACUUCUACUGCCUCAAAAUAUAUGUGAGAUAUGGUCUGAAUUUUACAGACGACAGUUUCUCAUGUGUCAACGUAUUUGUCAUAUUAUUCUGUAGAAAUAUCCACGUACGUUUCCCAUCUGUGUCAGGGCUGUAAAAUACUGUGCAAA